AUGAGUCAUAUUAGUGCUAAAAUCACGAUUUUAGAAGCAAAGAAUACAAUUUCUCAUAAAGGAGAAGGGAUUGAUUCAUAUUUUAAAUUAAAAGCUAAUUUUUUAGCAGUUGCACUUAAAACAAGAACAGCAGAAAAAAGUUCAACACCAAAAUAUAAUGAAACAUUUACAAUUGAAGUUCCAGAUAGUCAAAAAAAAGGAGUUAGUAGAACAAUAAUAUUAAUUGGAUAUAAACCAAAAAGAUUUUCAGAUAAAAUACUUGGAGAAGUAGAAAUUAAUUUAGAAAAGAAUGAAGAUAUUGAUGGAUGGUUUGAAUUAAAAAAGAAAAAAGAAGAUAAAAAAGGAAAAGUUAGUGUUCAUGUUAUAGUUAAAUUUGCAGGAAAAAAAGAAAUUAAAAAAGAAGAAACAUUUGAAGAAUUUGCAGAUAGAAGUGAAUUUGAUAAAAAAUAUACAAAAGAAAAUGAAAUUGGACAAGGAGCAUUUUCAGUAGUUUAUAAAGGAAUUAGAAAAGAAGAUGGAGUUAAUGUUGCAGUUAAACAAGUUAAUAAAACAUCACAAAGUAGUGAUCAAUUAAAAUUAUUAAGAAGAGAAAUAGAUGUAAUGAGAAAAUUAUCAAAUCAUCCAAAUGUAGUUAAAUUAUAUGAUGUUUAUGAAGAUGAAAAAACUAUAUUAAUGGUUAUUGAAUAUAUGUCAGGAGGAGAAUUAUAUGAUCAAAUUAUUCAAAGAGGAAGUUUUACAGAAGCAGAUGCAAGUGAUAUUGUAUAUCAAAUUCUUUCAGCACUUUGUUAUAUUCAUUCAAAUGGAAUAGGUCAUAGAGAUUUAAAACCAGAAAAUUUAUUAUGUGCAACACCAAAAGGAGAUAUUGUUAAAAUAGCAGAUUUUGGAUUAUCAAAAGAUAAUUCAGAUGGAAAUACAGCAAUGACUACAUGUUGUGGAUCACCAAGUUAUGUAGCACCAGAAGUUUUAGAAGGAUCAAGUUAUGAUCAUGAAUGUGAUAUAUGGAGUCUUGGUGUAAUUACAUAUGUAUUAUUAUCAGGAUAUUUACCAUUUUUUGGAGAAACACAAGAUGAAUUAUUCCAAAAAAUUAUGUCAGGAGAUUAUACUUUUAAUUAUUCAUGUUUUAAAGGUGUUUCAGAAGAAGCAAAAGAUUUUAUUAAUAAAUGUCUUGUUGUUGAUCCACAAGAAAGAGCUACUGCAGCACAACUUAUGGAACAUCCAUGGGUUCAUCCAGAAAAUAGAAAUCUUCCAAGUAGAAAAGUGCA